GCCCGUUUUCCAUCCUCGUUCCGUCCACGUCAACGCUCCUUUCCCCAACCCGACUUCCUCAAUUCCACGUUACUUUUGUUUCCCGGAAACUCCCGUGAUAAAACUAAGCACAUUCAUCCAUCGACUAUAUCAAUGGAGUCUGCAUUUUGAUUCCCUGGUUAGCUAUUUAACUAGGUGACCUAAACUGUUGAUUCGAGAGGGAAAGAGAAAAGAAAAGAGAGGGAAAAGGAGAACCAUGGCAGAAGUUUGGGUAACCAUGGAUGUCGGGAACGACGGCGUUGCAAUAAUCGCUAUCAGUAAUCCUCCUGUUAAUGCCCUUGCCAUUCCAAUUAUCGCUGGACUGAAGGAGAAGUUUGAUGAUGCAGUUAGGAGAAAUGAUGUUAAGGCUAUUGUUUUGACGGGAAAAGGAGGGAAGUUUUCUGGUGGGUUUGAUAUCAAUGUCUUCCAGAAGGUUCACGAGACGGGGGACGUGUCACUUAUGCCUGAUGUAUCUGUGGAGCUCUUGUGCAACACCAUUGAAGAUUGCCAGAAACCCGUUGUUGCGGCUGUAGAAGGACUAGCUCUUGGUGGAGGCUUAGAAGUAGCAAUGGGGUGCCUUGCACGCAUUGCCACUCCAAAAGUUCUGCUAGGGUUGCCAGAAUUGACGCUUGGAGUGAUACCAGGGUUUGGAGGAACACAACGCCUUCCAAGGCUGGUGGGACUCACAAAGGCCAUCGAGAUGAUGUUGGUAAUGAUCUCUUCCAUGGUUUUUUGUCUAUAUAUGACUCAUUUUUCCCAUGGACAUUUUAUAGGGAGGAGGAAGCAGAGGAGAAAAACUCUUUUGAAAUUUGACUUCCAGGAAGCAAAAGUUUUCAAGGAUUUGGUGUUGUUAGACACUUCAAAGGGUCUUGUUCAUGCCUUUUUUUCUCAACGUGCCACAUCAAAGGUGCCAAAUAUUACUGAUGUUGGACUCAAACCGAGGCGUAUUAAGAAAGUAGCAGUUAUUGGUGGAGGUCUAAUGGGUUCUGGUAUAGCUACAGCUCUUAUUCUGAGCAACACACAUGUUAUUCUCAAGGAAAUUAACUCGGAAUAUCUGCUGAAGGGGGUUAAAUCAAUUGAAGGUGCUUAUGUUGAUGCAUUUAUUUAUGAACUAUGUGCUUAAGCGAUUUACAUUGUAUAGUGAUCUAAUAUGCUAGCUAUCAGAUUGGGCUAAGAGGGUUGAUUACCAUAAUCUAUGGUGAUUUUGGACAAAUUUUUUGCCUGCUAUAGGGAGAUUGUUGUAACAGAAUUUCUAUAAAGAUAAUAGGAAGGUAUAUAAUGAGCCAGCUCCAU